AUGUUAACGCGAAGAAAUCGAUUUCAUACAGUACCAUCAUCAGAUCUUACAGAAUUAGGUUCGUCAACUUCAACUUUCAAUGCUCCUUCUUCGAUAACAACUAAAAAUAAUCCACGUCAAACAAUUUCUACAAAAAAAGUACUAGGCAGAGUCCCCCUAAGGAGUACAUCGCCAACAUUAAUUACAAAUAAAUCGCCAAAGCGAUGGUCAACAGUAACAUCAUCACUCGUAACACAAGAAAAUGAAAAUCAAUUACCUCCCAUUUCUUUUUCGAAUACGAAAUCGAAUUUACUUCAUUCUACACGGAUGCAUUCAUCUGAAAGAAUAACUUGGAAUACCCCAACAACAUAUGCAAAGAAAUCAGUUGAAAAAUCAUCAAAAAAACAAAUUGAUGUAUCUAAUUACUACGAUUUCUUUACAGAAGUUCAAGAACCAUCUUCAGCACCGAAAACUCGACCCGUGACCGUAAAAAAGAAUGAACUGAAUAAUACGAUUAAAACACCAUCGAAAGAGAGAACAAUAACUAAACUCAAUGUGACAGAUUAUACAGCAUCUGGACGUGCUCUAAUAUUUAUUGAAAAUUAUAUUAUAAACAAUGUUUUACCUUAUUAUGCUAAUACACAUAGCGAACAUAAUGCAUGUGCAUCACAAACUACGAAAUUUCGUGAAGGAUCACGAUCUAUAAUUAAACAAUGUGUCAAUGCAAACGAUGAUGAUGUUGUUAUUUUUACUGGAUCAGGAUCAACAUCUGCUAUUAAUAAACUUGUUGAUGUUUUAAACUUACGAGAUGAAAAAAUUCGAAAUAAAACUGUUGUUUUAAUAACUACAUUUGAACAUCAUUCGAAUAUUUUACCAUGGAAAGAAACAGGAAUUGAGGUUAUACGUAUUCCUAAUAAUAAAUUAGGUUUAAUUGAUGAAGAAUUUUUAAGAAAUCAAUUAAAAUAUUAUCAUGAUCAAUCUAAAAAACAUAUUAUAUGUACAUUUAAUGCUGCUAGUAAUGUAACUGGUAUUCGAAUUGACGUUGAUAAAAUCUCACAACUUGUUCAUAAAUAUGAUGGUUGGAUUUUUUGGGAUUAUGCAGCAGCAGCACCUUAUGUUAAUAUUGAUAUGAAUCCAUCAAAAACUGCUUAUAAAGAAGCUGUUUUUAUUUCUACACAUAAAUUUGUUGGUGGACCAUCAACACCAGGUAUUUUAAUUGCUAAGAAAAAACUUUUUACUAAUCCCAUUCCAUCUUAUGUGGGAGGCGGUACAGUAAAUUUUGUUACUCGAACUCAUACAGAAUAUGUUAAAGAUAUUGAAACACGUGAAGAAGGUGGAACACCUAAUAUUAUUGGUGCUAUCCGUGCUGGUUUAGUUUUUCAAUUAAAAGAAUCUGUUGGUUUUCGUAUAAUUGAAAUACGUGAAGAUGAAUUAGUUGCAAAAUUUUUUACACGAUUUCGAAAACAUCCAAGAUUAUAUGUACUUGGAUCAGCAACUGCUCCUCGAUUAGGAAUAUUUUCAUUUCUUGUAUAUGUACCAUCAUUUAAAAAAUAUUUACAUCAUAAUUUUGUUUGUGUUUUAUUAAAUGAUUUAUUUGGUAUUCAAGUACGAUCAGGAUGUUCAUGUGCUGGUCCCUAUGUUUUAGAUUUACUUAAUAUUGAUGAUCAAACAGCAGAUAUUUAUACAAAAUUUAUAACAGCAAAUGAAAAUGCUCGACUUGAUAAAAUUCAUAAAAAUGAACUAAUGAAACCUGGUUUUACUCGAUUUAAUUUAUCAUACUUUAUAAGUGAUGAAGAAGUUGAUUAUAUUUUAAAUGCAGUUGAAGUUAUUGCAAAUGAUGGAUGGAAAUUUUUACCAAUGUAUACUUAUAAUUCAGAAACCGCUGCUUGGUAUCUUCGUACAGCGUCUUCUAAUUCUCAAUAUCACAAUAUUCAUAGAAUAACUUAUCAAAAUGGUAUAAUGGAAGAAAUUUUUGAAGCACAACAAAUAGAACCUCGUAAUUCAAAUAUUCUUCGUUCAAUGAUAAAAUCAUCUUCAAAUGAUCCAAUAGGUGAAGCUAAAACAAUGGCAAAUAAUAUACCGAAUUAUGUUUAUGAAAAUAUUGAUUUCAAAGCUGAUCCACCAUUAGAUAUUCCAGAUGAAUAUCAAGAUUUUAUUUGGUUUGUUUUACCUAAAGAUAUUAUUCGAAAAAUGAUUAUUGAUUUUGAACAAAAUCGAGAAAAAAAUUGUAAAGCAGCACCAUUUCGUCCGAAAAUUGACGAAGAAUAA